AUGGCGGACGGUAGGCGAAAAGUCAUUGUCGACGUGGACGUCGGCACCGACGAUUUCCUCGCACUUCUGAUCCUCCUAAAUGCCGAAAAAAGGCGUCAAAUCAAAAUUGAAGCCAUCGUGUGUUCGAUGGGGAACACCGCCGUGGAAAAUGUUUGCGUUAACGUGAUGAGGCUCCUCGAGGCAGUGGAACGCACGGACAUCCCGGUGUUUAAAGGCGCCACGAAACAACUCAUACCACCAACGCACGAAAUUCGACUUUUCCAUGGGAAGGACGGGUUCGGGGAUUUGGGGCUUAAAGGAAGGCCGCAUAUGGAAGCAAUUAAAGAACCGGCGGCUUCCAAAAUUGCGGAACUUAUUGUGGGGAAUCCCGGCGAAAUCAGCCUCAUUUGCGUGGCCCCCCUGACCAAUGUCGCCCUCGCGUUGCGACUCUACGACAAUUUUGCGGACUCUAUCAAGGAUUUGUGGAUAAUGGGGGGCAAUUACACCGCAGUUGGAAACAUCACACCCACCGCAGAGUACAAUUUUUACAUUGACCCUGAAGCUGCGUUUAUCGUGCUCGACACGGUCAAAAAACCGAUUUUUAUCCUCACAUGGGAGACGUGCCUUUAUCCAAAAAUCACAUUCGAUUGGCGCUUCAAGGUUUUCGGCGCCAAGAAAAACCCAGCUAUUGAAUUACUAAACCUAGCUGAAAGAAGUGUUUACAAGGAAGACGAGAAAAUUUGGCUGCCUUGCGACGCUUUUCUCGCAGCGGCGUUCCUCAAACCCGAAAUAAUCACGAAAAAAAGCGCUCAUUAUGCAAGUGUUGAGCUUCACGGGAGUCAGACACGGGGGCAAAUCGUGCUCGACCAUUUGAAAACCAAGAAAGAAAACGUUACGAUUAUCGAACAGUUUGAUGCUGAGGCAUUCCAGCAAAUACUCAUGGAUUUGUAAAAAAAAUAAACGUUAAACUAGA